AUGUACGAGCGGCAUGGAAGCCACGACCCCGCCAGACUGGAAACCUUCCUGGAAUGGUCGACGAUCAGGGCCUUGGGCGAGCCAGCCAAUGCCAGCCCGGAGCCGGCGGCGUGGUGGAGUGGUGGAGGGGUGGGCAAGGUGGGCGAGGUGGGCCGAAGCUAUGGAAGCCACGACGACUUCCCCGGCGCCGAAGCAGUGGCAGGACCACGCACGACCGCCUACGCAUCCACUCGCACCCUCGCACCCUCGCGCCCGUACGCUGUCUCGUCGCGGACAGAGAGGCCCUUUGUCAGCGUGAAUCGCAUCCGGACCCUGUCGAGUCGUACCACGGCCCCGCUGCGGUCGCCUUCUAGAAAUUGCACGCCCUCGCCCAUGUGA